GGCCCGGCCACGCCGCCUUCCCCGCCCCCCCGGCGCGCCCCUCCCCGGCCGCCGCGUCGCGGGGAUCCGGCCGCAGCACCUGGGCCGCGCCUGGCGUCAGGCGCGCGCAGCGAUGACCACGGCCGGUGGCCCGGGCGCCCUGCCCGUGGGGUCUCCUGUGAGCAGCCUCCAUGAGGCCCUGGACCAGUGCAUGACAGCCCUGGACCUCUUCCUCACCAACCAGUUCUCAGAAGCACUCAGCUACCUCAAACCCAGAACCAAGGAGAGCAUGUACCACUCACUGACCUAUGCCACCAUCCUGGAGAUGCAGGCCAUGAUGACCUUCGACCCCCAGGACAUCCUGCUUGCUGGCAACAUGAUGAAGGAAGCACAGUCUCUGUGUCAGAGGCAUCGGAGGAAGUCUUCCAUGUCGGACUCUUUUAGCAACCUAGUCCACCGUCCCACAAUGGACCAGUUCACAGAAGAGGAAAUCCAUGCCGAGGUCUGUUAUGCAGAGUGCCUGCUGCAGAGAGCAGCCCUGACCUUCCUGCAGGAUGAGAAUAUGGUGAGCUUCAUCAAGGGUGGCAUCAAAGUCCGAAACAGCUACCAGACUUACAAGGAACUGGACAGCCUUGUCCAGUCCUCACAAUACUGCAAGGGAGAGAGCCAUAGGCACUUUGAAGGAGGGGUGAAGCUUGGUGUGGGAGCCUUCAACCUGACGCUGUCCAUGCUUCCCACUAGGAUCCUGAGGCUGCUGGAGUUCGUCGGGUUUUCAGGAAACAAGGAUUACGGGCUGCUGCAGCUGGAGGAGGGCGCGACGGGGCACAGCUUCCGCGCAGUGCUGUGUGUCAUGCUGCUGCUGUGUUACCACACUUUCCUCACCUUCGUGCUCGGUACUGGGAAUGUCAACAUCGAGGAGGCAGAGAAACUGCUGAAGCCCUACCUGAACAGAUACCCCAAGGGUGCCAUCUUCCUGUUCUUUGCCGGGCGGAUUGAAGCUAUCAAAGGGAAUAUUGAUGCUGCCAUCCGGCGGUUCGAGGAGUGUUGUGAGGCCCAGCAACACUGGAAGCAGUUCCACCACAUGUGUUACUGGGAACUCAUGUGGUGCUUCACCUACAAGGGCCAGUGGAAGAUGGCCUACUUCUACGCUGACCUGCUGAGCAAGGAGAACUCCUGGUCCAAGGCCACCUACAUCUACAUGAAGGCCGCCUACCUCAGCAUGUUUGGGAAGGAAGACUACAAGCCUUUCGGGGAUGAUGAAGUGGAGUUAUUCAGAGCAGUGCCAGGUUUGAAGCUCAAGAUAGCUGGGAAAUCUCUACCCACAGAGAAGUUUGCCAUCCGGAAGUCCAGACGCUACCUCUCCCCCAACCCCAUCUCAUUGCCAAUCCCUGCUCUGGAAAUGAUGUACAUCUGGAAUGGCUAUGCUGUGAUUGGGAAGCAGCCGAAACUCACUGAUGGGAUGCUUGAGGUCAUCACCAAGGCUGAAGAGAUGCUGGCAAUGGGCCCAGAGAAUGAGUACUCAACAGAUGAUGACUGCUUGGUCAAACUGCUGAAAGGCCUGUGUCUGAAAUACCUGGGCCGAAUCCAGGAGGCAGAAGAGAAUUUCAGGAGCAUCUCUGCCAAUGAAAAGAAGAUUAAAUAUGACCACUACUUGAUACCAAAUGCCCUGUUGGAGUUGGCUCUGCUGUUCAUGGAGCAAGGCAGAAAUGAAGAGGCCAUCAAACUCCUAGACUCCGCCAAGCAAAACUACAAGAACUACUCGAUGGAAUCAAGGACCCAUUUUCGAAUCCAGGCAGCCACGCUCCAGGCCAGAUCUUCCCUAGAUGGCAACAGAUCUACUGUCUCAUCAGUGUCCUUGUAGCUUUUUGCAGCACUCCUGGGCUGAGAGAGGAACACACAGAGCUCCUGGAAACAUUUCAAAAGAUUCCCCUCCCCCCUGCCUUUCCUUGGGGUCCACUUUGGUGCUCCAAUGGGAUGGCACAAGAAUAUUUGUGCAGCAUUUCUACCAGUAUGGCCAAGGCCUGCCUAGGGCAGAGCAUGUGGAGUCUUCUGCUGGCCCUAUCACACAUACGGGUACUUGUUUUUAACACUGUGAUGUAUGAACAGUUUACAUUUCUUUAGAAAUAAAUUGAUGGGAUUAUAGUUGGCAUUAAAAAGAAAAUUAAAAUU